GGGUAUAUUUCUUUUUCUGUUUGUAUGGUGGAUAAGAAAGAAGAAAAUAAGUAAAUAGAUAAAGGUGUUAAUUUUGGAGACGUUCGAAGCGUUUCGGAUUUAUGAUCGGUGAUGCCGCACGAAUCGUUUGCAAUGGAUUUUUGGAGAUUGAUAUUGCUGAUCACUCUGCAUUCGACAUGGCAUGCCCGCGGCGAGGAGGGCCUGUUCUUCCAGCCGGAGAAUCGGCCGACGACCGACUCCCACGCGUCGGUGUGGCUCGGCCCGAGCGGCGAGACCCUUUCCGACGUGACGGUCUGCUCGUGGCUCAGGGUCCAGUACUUCCGGGAGAGCGCCUCGUAUUUCUGCUCGUAUGCCGUCAGCGAUCAGAGGAAUAACGAGCUGAAUUUUGGGAUUAAGAGCACCAGAAUCUUCAUAGCCAUCGGAGGCAAGUACCUGUACGCAGACGGGACGAGGCUGUACCCAGACGAGUGGUACCACGUGUGCUUCGUGGCCAACAGCGAGAACUCUACGGGGACUUUCUACCUCAAUGGCAAGAGGAACGGCGUGAGGACCCUGCCUCGCCAGUGCCUCCUCCUGAACGGCUCCCUCGUGUUGGGUCAGGAGUCAGACAAGGUCGCCGGGGGAUUUCAAGCUCUCCAGUCCUUCUGUGGGAUCCUUUCGGGAUUUAACCUGUAUUCCCGAAGCCUUCAAGAAUCAGAGAUCAAGGAAUUGUCUGAGUGCUCGAGACAGAUUCCCGAGGGUGACGUGGUGAGCUGGUCCUCGACGGAGUGGGAGGUUGAAGGGCCGGUGGUAAGGGUGAACCUCACUCAGGAUGACCUCUGUCCUAAGCGCAGAUUCAAAUUCAACGUCUUCCCGAAACGCUACGGGGAAAAAGCAGCGAAAAGUCUUUGCAGAAAACUUAAGUCUACCCUCGCGACACCUCGGAGUCCGGAAGAAAACGGGGCGCUGUUCACGCAAGCUGCCCAUUUCGCGUCUGUCUGUCAGCCUCCCAACCACGCCACGGGAUUCUUCUGGCUGGGGACGAAGAGGGAGAAAGACGAAUGGGUGGAUGCGGAGGGCACGCCCAUGAACUACACCAACUUCGGAGACUGGAGUAUGAGCGGGUACCGUUGCGCGAGCUUCCUCCUCCCACGGUACCGAGGCAAGUGGACCGACGUGCCGUGUUCUCGGUACGAUUUCUGCGCGGCGUGCGAAGAACCCCGUCCGGUGGCGCUGAGGAUGAGGGGCUUCUGCAGCAGCGACUACAAGGAUACCCUCUUCAGGCUCGAUGCGGAUCCGGCGACGAAUCUGCCGGCAUUUCGCGGCUUCACGAAAUACGAAAUCAAGUACGGCGAGGACAAGAAGUGGCACCUCCGGAACAUGUGGACGAAGGAGACGGUGGCGCAGCUCUUCUCCUACGACGCCUCCUUGCCUCUGGGCCUCAGGGAGUGGAGGAUCACCACCAGCUCCGAGAUCUGCGGCAGGCAGGAGGGAUCAAGCCACGCCCUCGCGCUCACCGCCUGUCGGGACAGUGAAUACAGCUGCGCGGACGGAACGUGCAUCAGCCUCGAGAGCCGCUGUGACCUGAGGGUAGACUGCCCGGAUAACAGCGACGAGACCAGCUGCGACAAGCUGGUGCGUUCUCCCGACUACCUGCUCCAGCUGCCUCCUCCGGGAAUCGAUCCGGGGCCUCUGGGACUCAACCUGUCCAUCGCCAUCAAGGGCUUCUCGGAGGUGGAUAUCAGGGACAUGGAUCUGAGUGUGGAUUUCGAGACGACGAUCACGUGGAUUGACCAGCGACUCAAGUACAAGAACCUCAAGUUGCUUCCGGAGUUCAACUACAUCGAUCCAUCAGCCGUGUGGAAGCCGAAAGUGGACUUAGACAACGCCAUCUUCCCCGACAUCCACCGAACGACCCCGGUCAUCAGCGCCCUGAGGAAGUCGCCUCCCGAAGCGGAUGACGCUCCUCCUCCUUCCAGACGAGAUGUACGAAGGCUCCAAGAACCCACUGAGCUUCAGCCAGAAGAUCAAAGCUCCCUUCUCGUGCAACAUGGAGCUGCAGAUGUUCCCCUUCGACACGCAACACUGCCAGAUGCACCUCCGGAUCGCGUCGACGAGGGAGAACUUCUUGCGAUGGAGGAAGCUGGAGGUGGCGUACGAAGGAGAGGUCACGACGUCCGAAUACGUGGUCGGCGCAUGACCAUCGACCACCGGAGCACGAGCAACUACAGCGUGGCCGUCGUGGGCUUCGUGUUCUCUCGGCAGUACAGCUACUACAUGACAUCCGCGUUCCUCCCGUCCAUCAUGCUCAUGCUCAUAGGAUACGCCUCCCUCUUCUGCAAGCGUGAGAACCGGGACCUGCGGGUGAUGAUGUCCCUCACGACGCUGCUGGUGCUGUACUCGCUCUACCAGCAGGUCGAGGACGGCCUCCCCUCGACCUCGUACACGAAGGCGAUCGACGUCUGGUUCUUCUUCGCGAUUUCCUUCAUCUUCACGCAGGUCAUCCUCCACGUGGCGAUCGACGUGCGGGUUCCUCUGCCGACGCGCUUCCCGAAACCCACGACGGUCCUGCCCAUCAACGAGAUCCCGAGCAAGAUGUUCCCCUCGCGGUCCUGCUGGAGGCCCCUCGUCGCAGCCAGGGGUCUAUGCCAUUCUCUUCGCCCUCUUCAUGGCUGCGUUCUGGAUGGUGGUCCUCAGGUUUAACGAUAGUAGGAGUAUCUUGGGUUUGUAGUGUUUUUUUUUGAAAGGGUUUGGGUGUGAGGUGGCUUUGAGGGUGACGUCAGAGAGGUUAGGAGUGGAGGGUGAUGUCGUGAAGGGGGGUGGGGGUGGAGGAGUGGCGGUUCAGACGGCUGAUGUCUUCCGAAUGGAGGGACUUAUUUAACAGGUGAUACGAUGGGGGGCGUUUGAGAUCUAACGAGUAAUUCGGGAGAGAAGUUUGAGAUCUAAAAGGCGAUUCGAGGAUGAAGUUUGAGAUCUAACGGAUAAUUCGGGAGGGAAGUUUGAGAUCUAACGGAUAAUUCGGGAGGGAAGUUUGAGAUCUAACGGAUAAUUCGGGAGGGAAGUUUGAGAUCUAACGGAUAAUUCUAGAGGGAAGUUUGAGAUCUAACGGAUAAUUCGGGAGGGAAGUUUGAGAUCUAACGGAUAAUUCGAGAGGGAAGUUUGAGAUCUAACGGAUAAUUCGAGAGGGAGGUUUGAGAUCUAACGGAUAAUUCGAGAGGGAAGUUUGAGAUCUAACGGAUAAUUCGAGAGGGAAGUUUGAGAUCUAACUGGUGUUUGUAAUGGCUGUUAAAGAAGUGGGUUUGAGGGGUUGAGGGUGACGUCAGAGAGGCUAGGAGUGGAGGUUGGUGUGUUGAAGGGGGAUUGAUGAGUGGAGAAGGUUGGUGUGUCUUGAAGUUUGAGAUCUAACAGGUGAUUCGAGAGGGAAGUUUGAGAUCUAAAAGGCGAUUCGAGGAUGAAGUUUGAGAUCUAACAGGGGAUUCGAGGGUGAAGUUUGAACUCUUGAAGGUAAACCGAGGGUGAAGGUCGACCUUUUCACGAUGAUCUGGCGGUGAAGUUUCAACUGCUGAGAAUAAAUGAGGAAAUUUCUGUUCUCGGGAGUGAAACAGAUGAAGUUUUAACGGUUGAGAACGGACGGUGAAGUUUCAACCGUUCAAAGCAAGAAAUUGGCAAAAAAAAAAAAAUUCUUUGUUUCUUUUCUUUUCAAUAGAGCUGUUGCUCACAAAGGGAAGCAAUAUAUGUCAAAUGUACAAUGAUUAUAACAAAAUACGGCUUUCAGGAGUAUGAAAGUGCUAGAGUUGGCGGAAAGUGUACUUGCAAAAUACCAUCCAUUAUUAAAACAACUGAUAUUACCUCUGUAAUACUUUUACAAGAUUAAAAAACAAAACAAAACAAGUUUAUAAAGAUUUUUUUGAACAAAUAUAUAUACUCAGUUUUGGUUCUGUAUAUCACGUUGUCAUAAUGUAAUAGAAAAACAUAGAGCAUGUCUAUACAAAAGAAUGGCUGUAUUUUUAGAGUUAGUAGAAUGUUAUAUCAACAUGAUAUAAUUUUGCCAGAAGGUGGCGGUAGAAUUCAAGUCCUAUGGAUUAUUAUUUUUUACUCAAUUAGAAUAGAGAGAAAUAGUGUUUAGAAUUUGAAUAAUACAACACAUAAUAAACAAUGUUGGUCCUUCAUA